AUGUCGCCUGCACUGGGACAAUCGUCCAAAUACACUUCAACCUACAACUCCGCCGGCCUUCAGGACUACCAAAUGAUCUUCCUGAAUGCAUUCGCCAGGUACUACCGCGACUUUGGAAACAAAGCCUUCCUUGAGAAAUACUGGUCUAAAGUCAAGGUGGGAGUCGAGGCAAUUUUACCGCUUGUUGACAGCUCCUCGGGUCUGGUAUCGGGGUCUUUCUUCCUGGGAGACAGCAAUGGAACUGCCGCUUCUUCUCUCCUUGUUUACAGCCUCAAUCAGAUGUCCCAAAUCGCGGAAGAGGUUGGAGAGAGCGACACAGCUUCCUCAUGGAGAUCCAUCGCUGCAGGUGUACACAAAUCUAUCAACGAAAAGCUGUGGAGUGAAAAGCUCGGAACAUACAUCGACAGCACAUCAACUCGCAACCAAACUUCACUUGCCAGCACCGCAUGGGCUAUUCUUGCCAACGUGGCUAAUACCACACAAGCCGAAUCCGCCCUUGCAGCUAUCUCCAGCCUCCGAAACGGAAUCGGCUACAAAACCAAAUCGAACUCCCAGUCUGACGCCGAGCUUGCUCCAUUCAUUUCAGGAUUCCUACUCGAAGCAGCUCUUCAACAUUCCCGAGCAAGCGCCAAUCACAACUCCUCGUCCAGCGCUGUUAUCUCUACACUUCUGUCCCACCUCUGGCCUGCGAUGAUUACCAAUGAAGAGUAUUCCACCGGCACUGCCUGGGAGUACGUAUUCCCCGACGGGCGACCUGGAUUGGAUCUCUACACCUCGCAUGCUCAUCCCUGGGGAGCUGCUCCAACUUUCGCCUUGACCGAGUAUGUCUUGGGUAUACAGCCUUCAUCGCCUGGCUUCUCGGAGUGGAAUUUCCAGCCCGCAGUGCUUACCCCUGAUGUCUCUUGGGCAAAGGGCAAAGUGCCUACUCCCCAUGGGUCCAUUGAUGCAAGCUGGGAGCUCAAUCGCCAGAAAAAUGAGAUCGGAAUGGAGGUCUGCUCGCCCUUGGGUACCAACGGAACCAUCAGAUUGCCGUUUGCUGUGAGCUCGUAUAAGCUUGAUGGCACACAGCAUGCCGUUGGCUCUGAUAGGUUUGAACUGAAAGUGAAGGCUGGAAAGUGCUCAAGUGUCACCGUGAGCUUUGCAAAGACUCUCUAG